UGACAGUACACCCCUAUACAGGCAGCAAACCAAUCCCUACAGCUAGCGAUGAUGGGCCCUUCGCCCGAACAUGUGGGUCAGAAUGGGGCUGCACAUUACCCUACAUUACCUGAUUGGUGAUUCAGCUCGGUGAAACCCGUCAAAGCCCAACGGUAUUAUGUAAUGAGUCCCGGCGUCUUGCUGGUCUCGAUCUCCUCAUCACGAUCGUGUGCCACAAGCCGAAUCCCUCACUUUACAACCAUGAACGAUCCCCCUAAGAACCCCCGACGAAGCAAGCCAGCUCAUCCCAAAGCACUCCGGCUGUAUGACAUGUUACGUCAAUACCUAUCACCCUCGAAGCUUCUUUCAUAUCAUUAUUCCCCAAGUGCGAAACAAAAUAAUUGCUUCCUCCCCGAUAGGAUCCCGCUACGUACUUCUCAUCUCUUCCAUGCACGGGGAUCCCCAAUCGCGUUGGCUCGAUCCCAAUCACCACGCGCGACUCAAAAUAACUCCUGCAUAUGUUGUGUCCAUUACACCGUUCAUGAUAAUGAUAAUUUCGAUACACAAUUGCAGAACAUUCAAGUGUUCAUACCCCUUGGGAAUGGCUUGCAUUGUAAGGAACAUGGUUCAUUGUGCUCGGGUUUAGCAGCCAUGCUCAGGUGCCUUAGAUCAAAUGAUAGGCUCUGGGCAGCGAUCGUGAAUCGGAGACCGAAUGGAUGCAGGAGUGGCAUGUCAGAACUUACGCGGCUGAGGGAUACGUUCACUCGAAUGGCCACUGCUUCUCGCACCAAAAUCUGUAUAAUACAAGCAAUGACCGGGUUCAGCGAGUCGAAUUCACGAGCGUGCAAAAACGUAGAUUCCUUCAGUUUCCUCCGAUGAUUACGCCAGAACCCGUAAGAACCAACAGUCUCCCUCUGAGCAGCUCCUCCCUUCUUACUUUCUCCCUUCGAGUCGAAAUGUUUCAAGUCCUUUUCCUCAUAAUUGUAUGUACGGAAGAUGCAUUUUGUGACCCUAUGGAAUCUUGUCCACCUUUUUAUCAUCGGUGACCUGAACAGUCAUUCUCGGUUCUGGAAAAUUGUGAUGGUAGUGGAUCGGAAGCGUAACCGGUCUCAUUGGACUUUGGUUGAACUUGACGAGCUUCGCAGUCCGGAGUUGAUAUGUCGCGACUCUGAUAACCACGUCACGUCGAACAAAGACGAGCUAGAUGACACUUCCACCGUGUGCGCGUGCGCGUGCGUGUUCUGCGGAAUCUUGUCGGCACCGGCCACGGCGCUCCGCAGUAAUACGCAAUUCUCACUAUCC